AUGGCGCUGGAUCUUGAAAAACAAUAUUUGUUUUAUGGCGCAUACCAUCAUAAUCCUGUCAACAUUGCGAUUCACAUCAUUUGUGUACCCGUCAUAAUGUUCUGCAUAUUUCUCUGGGUGGCUUCUGCGGGUCCACUUUUCUUCGUCCCAGAGCUCCUUGAUUUCAAAUGCUUUCCACCUAACGCUGCUAGCAUUGCAGGGUUUUCAUACGCUUCUUUAUAUGUUGUAUUGGAACCGAUCGCUGGCAUUCUACUUGCCCCCCUUCUUUUAGGCGGCACUGCACUUGUGAAUUACUUGAAUAACUCUUAUGGGAGUGCAGCAGUUUACUGGUCGCUGUGGAUACAAGCUGGCGCAUGGAUCUUCCAAAUUGUGGGACAUGCCAUCUUUGAGCGCCGCUCCCCUGCAUUUGUGGACAAUGUUGUGCAAGCUCUAUUCCUUGCCCCCCUCUUCGUCUGGCUGGAAAUUCUAUUUUCAUUUGGAUAUCGCCCCAACCUAAAAGCCCGUCUUGAUAAGGCGGUCAAUGCCGAGCUGGCUAGGCUUAACAGUAUAAAAAAGAGCUCAAAUAUAAAGGCGAUGUAA